GGAAGAAGAAGCAUGCGGCGUAUUUUUCAUACUUCUACGGAGGUUUUUAAAGAACUAAAACGAAGAUAAAUGUACUGAAGUUACGGAAUAUUGAGUAAAAUGAAGUUCGCUUACAGGUUUUCCAAUUUGCUGGGAGCUGUGUAUCGUCAGGGAAAUUUAAACUUCUCCAAAGAUGGAAACGCUGUCAUCAGCCCUGUUGGGAACAGAAUCUCUGUCUUCGACCUGAAAAACAACACAUCUGAGACGUUGCCCGUCUCCACGACAAAGAAUAUAACCUGUGUGGGCGUUUCUCCUGAUGGCAACUUGGCGGUCGUGGUGGAUGAAGAUGGAGCAGCGCUGCUCAUCAGCCUCAUCACUCGAGCCGUCCUGCAUCAUUUUCACUUCCACAAGCCGGUGAGCAGCAUCCGCUUCUCACCUGACGGCAGGAAGUUUGUGGUGACGAAGGAGAACGUGGCGCUGAUGUACCACGCUCCUGGGAAGCACCGCGAGUUCAACGCCUUCGUUUUGGACAAAAGCUACUACGGUCCCUACGAUGAAACCACCUGCAUCGACUGGACGGACGACUCAAAGUGUUUUGUGGUGGGCAGCAAAGACAUGUCAACGUGGGUGUUUGGCGCCGAGCGCUGGGCCAACCUGAUCUACUACUCACUGGGUGGACACAAGGACGUCAUUGUGGGCUGUUUCUUUGAGAAGGACAGCUUAGAUCUGUACACGGUGAGCCAGGACGGGACGCUGUGCGUCUGGGAGAGCGACACCGAGCCGGACGGACUGGUCCUGAAGAAGAACCAGGACAAACCGAAGCCCUCGAGGCCGGAGGACGAAGAGGAGGACGAGGAAGAGGAGGGAAGCAGGGUGGAGGGAGAGGAGGGCGAGGUGAUCAGAGGGAAGGUGAAAACCGCCAAAGAGAAGGAGAAAACCAAGAACGUCCGAUACAAGCAGAUCAGCAAACAUUUCUUCAACAAAGAGGGCGACUUUAACAACUUGACCGCUGCCACCUACCACAAGCCGACUCACAUCCUGGUCACGGGGUUCGCCUCCGGGAUAUUCCACCUGCACGAACUGCCCGAGUUCAACCUCAUUCACUCGCUGAGCAUUUCAGACCAGAGGAUCGCGUCAGUGGCUGUGAACUGCUCUGGAGACUGGAUCGGCUUCGGAUGCUCUCGGAUGGGUCAGCUGCUGGUGUGGGAGUGGCAGAGCGAGUCGUACGUCUUUAAACAGCAGGGACACUUCAACAACAUGGCGUCGCUGGCUUACUCUCCGGACGGACAGCACAUCGUGACAGGAGGGGACGACGGGAAGGUUAAAGUGUGGAACACCAACAGCGGCCUUUGUUUCGUCACCUUCACCGAACACACCAGCAGUGUCACCAACGUCACCUUCACCUCCAGCGGCUUCGUCAUCGUCAGCGCCUCUCUGGACGGGACGGUCCGAGCGUUCGACCUGCACAGGUAUCGAAACUUCAGGACGUUCACGUCGCCUCGGCCCGCGCAGUUCUCCUCCCUCGCAGUAGACGUCAGUGGAGAGCUGGUGAGCGCUGGAGCUCAGGACUCCUUUGAGAUCUUCCUCUGGUCCAUGCAGACCGGCAGGCUGCUGGAGGUUCUGGGCGGUCAUGAGGGUCCAGUCAGCUGCUUGUGUUUCAGUCCGGUUCAGUCCAUCCUGGCCAGCGUGUCGUGGGACCGAACCGUUCGACUGUGGGACAUGUUGGACAGCUGGCAGGUCAAAGAGACUCUUCCCCUCACAUCCGAUGGCUUGUCGGUGUCGUACCGUCCUGACGGUCAGGAGUUGGCCGUGGCCACUCUGAACGGUGAGAUCUCUUUCUGGAACCCUCACACGGCGGCACAAACCGGCUCCGUGGCCGGACGCCACGACCUGGAGAUGGGCCGCAAAGAGACGGACAAAGUCACCGCCAAGCAGACGGCCAAGGGCAAGUCUUUCACGUCGCUGUGCUACUCCGCGGACGGUGAGUCCAUCUUAGCGGGAGGACAGUCCAAGUUCGUCUGCAUCUACAACGUGAAGGAGCAGAUGCUGAUGAAGAAGUUUGAGAUCUCCUGCAACCUGUCGUUUGAUGCCAUGGAGGAGUUCCUGGACAGACGGAAGAUGACGGAGUUCGGCAGCUUGGCUCUGGUGGACGACGGAGCCGGAGACGGAGACGGAGUCAACAUCAGCCUCCCCGGAGUCAGGAAAGGUGACAUGAGUUCUCGUCACUUCAAGCCGGAGAUCAGAGUCAGCUCGCUGCGAUUCUCUCCUACCGGUCGCAGCUGGGCGGCCACCACCACCGAGGGCCUGCUGGUUUACUCCCUGGACGGAUCCCUUGUCUUCGACCCCUACGACCUCGACCUGGACGUGACGCCGGCGAGCAUCAGGAAGCAGCUGCGCCUCCAGGACUGGGCGUCGGCCAUAGUCCUGGCGUUCAGGCUCAACGAAAAAGCCCUGAAGCAGGAGGUGCUGGAAACGGUGCCGCAUGAGCAGAUCCCGGUGGUCUGCAGCUCUCUGCCCGACAUUUACGUGGAGAAGCUGCUGGGCUUCGUGGCCGCCUGUCUGGAGAAGUCGGGUCAUUUGCAGUUCUACAUGACGUGGGCGCAAAAUCUGCUCAUGCUGCACGGACAGAAGCUGAAGAACAGGUCGGGAGCCAUCCUGCCCACGCUGCAGGCGCUGCAGAAGAGCAUCCAGAGACACUUCGACAGUCUGUCCAAACUCUGCGACUUCAACAUGUACAACAUUCGCUAUGCGGCGGCUCUGUCCAAGCAGAGAGGUGUGAAGAGGCCAGCUGAGGAGGAGCAGCAGGAGGACGAGGAGGAGGAUGAAGAGCAGUCUGAGGAGAUGAGCGAAGCCUCUUUGGAGGAUGCAGAGAUGAUGCUGUAGUCCUGAACAACAAGGCCGACAUCACUGCAAACAUUGGACUGUAAACAGAUUUGUGUACUUUAUGAUUGUAAACUGUUUUUUUUAAUUAAAUUCAUGUGUAAAUGUU